GAUCCCCAUUCACUGUCUUCCAUCCUUCUGCAGGGGAAAUUUGUGCCUUCAAGAUCCACGGCCAGGAGCUGCCCUUCGAGGCCGUGGUGCUCAACAAGACGUCAGGAGAGGGCCGGCUGCGUGCCAAGAGCCCCAUCGACUGCGAGCUGCAGAAGGAGUACACGUUCAUCAUCCAGGCCUACGACUGUGGCGUGGGGCCCCGGGAGACGGCCUGGAAGAAGUCGCACAAGGCCGUGGUCCACAUCCAGGUGAAGGACGUCAAUGAGUUUGCUCCCACCUUCAAAGAGCCAGCCUACAAGGCGGUCGUGACAGAGGGGAAGAUCUACGACAGCAUCCUGCAGGUGGAGGCCAUCGAUGAGGACUGCUCCCCCCAGUACAGCCAGAUUUGCAACUAUGAAAUCGUCACAACUGACGUGCCCUUUGCCAUUGACAAAAAUGGCAACAUUAGAAAUACCGAGAAGCUGAGCUAUGACAAGCAACGCCAGUAUGAGAUCCUGGUGACCGCCUAUGACUGUGGACAGAAGCCCGCCGCGCAGGACACGCUGGUGCAGGUGGAUGUGAAGCCAGUUUGCAAGCCUGGCUGGCAAGACUGGACCAAGAGGAUUGAGUAUCAGCCUGGCUCAGGGAGCGUGCCACUUUUCCCCAGCAUCCACCUGGAGACGUGCGACGGGGCCGUGUCCUCCAUCCAGAUCACCACGGAGCUGCAGACCAAUUACAUCGGGAAGGGCUGCGACCGGGAGACCUACUCUGAGAGAUCCCUUCAGAAAUUAUGCGGAACCUCCUCUGGUAUCAUCGACCUCUUGCCGUCCCCCAGCGCUGCCACCAACUGGACAGCAGGGCUCCUGGUGGAUAGCAGUGAAAUGAUCUUCAAGUUUGAUGGCAGACAAGGGGCCAAGAUCCCUGAUGGGAUUGUGCCCAAGAACCUGACAGACCAGUUCACCAUCACCAUGUGGAUGAAACACGGCCCCAGCCCUGGUGUGAGAGCCGAGAAGGAAACCAUCCUCUGCAACUCAGAUAAGACUGAAAUGAACCGGCAUCACUACGCCUUGUACGUGCACAACUGCCGCCUCGUCUUUCUCUUGCGCAAGGACUUCGACCAGGCCGACACCUUCCGCCCUGCUGAGUUCCACUGGAAGCUGGACCAG